AUGGACCCAGCCGUGCAACAUACGGGAGUGAUGUUCCUUCGAACUGCCAUUGAGAGGAUUCUUUCGGAUCGCGACAUAAAACGAAAGGAGAAUCUUCAGCUUAAAAAAGCGUGUGAAAACGUGCUCGAGGAGCUGAAGGCAGAAAAUUAUGGGAGCUACAGUGGCAACGAUGUUCUUCCUGACAAAGAACGAGUGGUUGAGGCUGAUCGCUACUUCUUGCCCUUUGAAUUAGCCUGCAAAUCAAAGAGUCCUAAAAUUGUUAUUACUGCUUUGGAUUGCCUCCAAAAGCUUAUUGCCUAUGGACACCUUACCGGUCGUGGUGCAGAUUCAUCAAAUCCGGAUAGAAAGCUAAUUGAUCGUAUCGUAGAGGCCAUAUGCUCUUCAUUUAUGGGUCAAGGAACAGAUGAGGCUGUUCUACUGCAAAUUAUCAAGGCUAUCUUGGCCGUAGUACUUGCAAAUAAUUGCGAAGUACACGAAGCUUCUCUUCUUCUUGCUGUACGCACAUGCUUUACCAUUUUUCUUGCCACAAAAAGUCCAAUCAAUCAGUCCACAGCUAAGGCCACUCUCACUCAGGUAAUCAAUGCCGUAUUCUCUAAUAUGGAACGCGUGGGAAAUGCUAAGGAUGAUACAGUUGUCAUCAACGAAGUUAUGGAGUAUCUUCUUACUUCACAAAUCUCCGAAGAAUGGAGGUUAUGCUGGGGUGGUUCGUCAACAAAUUUUGGUGAAUUGGAAGGAAGUCAACAUGAUGACCAUAUUUCUUUCCCUAACGUUGAGCAAAAGGACGCUUUCCUAGUUUUUCGUUCACUCUGUGUUCUUGCGCAAAAGGAUGAAGGGGAUUUAAAUGAUCCACGCAACACUCAUCUCAAUUCGAAAAUGUUGGCUUUGGAAAUGCUACUGUUAGUGUUACAAAAUUCAGCUACAGUUUUACAAAAUGCUCAGCCAUUCAUAUUGCUAAUUAAGAAAUCUCUUUGUGUUGCUCUUUCGAGGAAUGCAGUUUCAUCGAACAUAUUUGAAAAGUCACUUGCUAUUUUUGUACAGUUGUUGGACAAAUUUAAGAUUCAUUUAAAACUCCAGAUUGAGGUAUUUUUCAAAGAAAUAAUUAUAUCUAUGCUCGAAUCAGCCUCUUGCUCUUUUGAGCACAAAUGGAUCGUUCUUCACACAAUUGGGAAAAUCCUUGCCAACCCUCAGUCUGUGGUGGAUUUAUACGUGAACUACGAUUGUGAUUUGACUGCACAUAAUGUGUUUGAAAGUUUAGUGGAUGUUGUUUCUAAAACGGCUAGGACAUCCGUAAAUGAAGCUGCUCCACUUAUUCAGAAAGAACGGGAACGUGCUAUGCGUUUACUUGGGUUAAGCUGUUUGACAGAUCUUCUUCAGUGCUUAGUGGAUUGGUUUGAUAUUUGUUUGAUUACAGACGAUGACGACGUAAUGAAGGAAAUUCCUUCUUCACCUACCGUUGAUAGGUUUAUGCAUCUUAAACAAAAGAAAGAACUGAUGGAGCAUGGUAUCAUAUUUUCACGAAAGCCCAAACAAGGAUUAGCGUUCUUACAAGAGCAUGGUUUUGUCGGCACGGAGCCAAAUGAAAUCGCAGAGUUCUUUAUGAAAGAAGAUCGGUUGGACAAAACGGUUGUAGGCGAUUUCUUGGGAAGUCCGGAUGAAUUUAACAAGCAGAUCAUGUACGCAUACAUCGAUGAUUUGGACUUUUCGUCACGUGAUUUCGUAUCUGCUCUCCGUUUGUUUCUGGAGAAAUUCCGAUUACCAGGAGAAGCACAAAAGAUUGAUCGCCUCAUGGAGAAGUUCGCAUCGCGAUACUGCGAGUGUAAUCCAAGUCUCGGGUUAUUUGCGUCUGCUGACACGGCUUAUGUUCUUGCUUAUUCUAUUAUUAUGCUUACCACUGAUUUACACAUUUUUAAGGUCAAGAACAAGAUGACUAAAGAGCAGUACGUCAAUAUGAACCGAGGAAUUAAUAACGGUGCCGAUUUACCGUCUGAUUUUCUCUGCGCUAUAUACGACGAUAUUGCUAUGAAUGAAAUCAAAAUGAAAGCCGGUGCUAGUAAGCUCCUCAAAUCUACUAAGGCCACAGCAGGUGAUAGGCAACGCCGAGCGUUGGCUACACUUGAACUAGCGGCUAUGUCAGAAACAGCUCGUGCGCUUAUGGAAAGCGCUAGUAAUGCUGCAGCUGAUUUUACGUCGGCCCAGCAUCAACACCACGUGCGACCAAUGUUUAAGAUUUGCUGGACGUCUUGUCUAGCAGCAUUCAGCGUUGGCUUGCAAAUGUCAGACGACAUCGAAGAAUGGUUUCUUUGCAUCCGCGGUUUUCGGCUGGGAAUACGUGCCGCUUGUGUGCUUCGAUCAAGGCUGGAACGAAACGCUUUCAUUCAGGCUCUCGCGAGAUUCACGUUAUUAACUGCUAAAAAUGCACUUGGUCAAAUGAAAGAGAAGAAUAUUGAGGCCAUUAAGCUCUUAUUAGCCAUAGGUGACGAAGAUGGUGACUACCUUGAACAUAACUGGCUCGAUGUAAUCCGCUGUGUUAGUCAACUUGAACUUGCACAACUGAUUGGAACAGGGUUGGGUGGUAGCACAAAGGAAGACAAGGAAAGUAGCCGGCAAUAUGUUAUGAAAAGCACAGGAGCUCUAGAUGAGCGCACAUUGGUCACACUUCAAGGCGCUCUCGGUGAGACAAGUUCACAGGCAGUCGUUGUCGCAGUCGAUCGGAUUUUCCAAGGCUCUUGUCGUCUUACUAGUGAUGCAAUCGUCUGUUUUGUUCGUGCUUUAUGUAUUGUAUCUAAAGAAGAGUUGAAUCAACCUGCUGCGCCUCGGAUGUUUCUGCUUGGCAAACUAGUAGAGGUAGCGUUUUACAAUAUGGGCCGAAUCCGCUUAGAAUGGCGACGAGUCUGGGAAGUGGUUGGUGAGCAUUUCAACAUGGCAGGUUGCAAUGCCAGUGAAAUCGUUGCCCAUUAUUCAGUUGAUGCUCUGAGGCAGUUGGCUAUCAAGUUUUUAGAAAGAGGAGAGUUACCGAAUUUCCGUUUUCAAAAAGACUUUCUUCGACCGUUUGAGGUAAUCAUGGCUAAAAAUCGUUCUGCACCAACGCGUGAGUUGGUGGUUGCUUGUUGCUCAAAUUUGGUAGAAGCUCACGCUCCUAGAAUAAAAUCGGGCUGGCAGAAUUUGUUUUCGGUGUGGACAUUGGCUGCUGGUGAUGUACAGAAGGACAUAGUUGAAGCUGCAUUUUUGGCAAGUUCCAAGGUAAUACUCUGCCAAUUCAAAGAAGAUUUCGCCUCUGUGCUGGAUGCAUUCCAGGAUGCGUUGAAAUGUCUAGCGGAAUUCGCAUGCAAUACGAAUCACCCAGAUAUGAACAUGGAAGCAAUACGGCUGAUUCGAUCAUGUGCAGAAUAUGUAUCAGUGAAUCAAGAAAAAAUAAUCGAUUCUCCUUGGGAAGAGUCUUGGAAUGUGUCUGGCGACCAACGGAUAUGGCUUCGUGGCUGGUUCCCAAUUUUCUUUGAACUUAGUUGCAUUAUCAAUCGUUGCAAGCUGGAUGUCCGAACACGAAGCUUGACAGUAAUGUUUGAGAUAAUGAAAAACUAUGGCAACGAAUUCCGUCCAGAGUGGUGGCGAGAUCUCUUCAAUAUUGUCUUCCGGAUAUUCGAUCACGCAAAGCUGGACGAGAAUCAUGGAGAUAAAAAAGAAUGGAUGAUGACAACAUGUAAUCAUGCGAUGUAUGCCAUUGUUGAUGUCUUCACCCAGUACUAUCCACAACUAAGUGAACUUGUCUUACCAUCCAUUUAUGAGCAGUUUACUAUUUGUAUACAACAAAAGAAUGAACAAUUGGCUCGUUCCACGGUUAACUGUUUGGAAACACUAAUCCUAUUGAAUGGUGGACGAUUUAAUAAUGAUAUGUGGGAGAGGACUGUUCAGCUAUUUCGGCGUCUUUUUGCUGCCACACUACCGAAAUCAUUACUUACGUGGAAACCUGAUCAUCAAUUUCCUGUUUUUUUUUUUUCCAUUCCCAGCUUUUUCAGUUCUAUCCAUCCUGAUGCUGCCUUCUCUGAACAAAUAGUUUUCUGUGUAGUUCAGUCAGAAUUAGUGGAUGCAGUAACCUCAACUGUUCUUGGGACAAAAAGAAGUUCAGGUAAUGAAUCUAUCCAUAAUGGUCUGUUCAAUACUAUGGACCCAAUCCUUUUGCUUAGUCUCUGUGACGCGUUAGGGGAAAGUCAGCGACUAGCAAAGCAGUUCAACGAUAACAAUGGCCAAAGGACCUUAUUGUGGAAGGCAGGUCUUCGUGGCUCUAGCAAGCCUAACCUGAUUAGGCAAGAAACUCAUGCUUUGCGUGCUAUGCUGGCAAUACUUUUAAGGCUUUUGAAUGAUCCUCGUUCAGAAGGUGUCUGGGAACAAGUUACCAAGGGUGUUCUAUCAGUAGUAUCGGCGGUACUGCGUGGAUAUGGUGAAGCUGGUUCCGAUGCUCGUCGUACUGCAUAUGCUCCCGUGGUCUGCGAGUUGCUCCAGGAAUGCCUUUGUUUACCUGCACAUUUGCUUCCUUCGCUGGGCUCUGAGUUUCCAAUUCAUUUGUGUGAACUAGUCGAAACUGCUGAAGGUCAACCAUUGCGAUCCCUUCUGGCUAUGUUGCUUCGCCAGUUUUUAUUGGCUAAAAAUGUUUCGCCAGUGCAGAGGAAUAAUUGCUCGCAUGGGAUUAAUGGUCAUUAA